CUAAAACGAAACGAUACGGAGCAACCGACGUUAGUUUUCGAGAAUCUGUCUGUAGCGAGAGAGAGAGAGAGAGAGAGAGAGAGAGCUUAUACUCGGAAAUGGCGGCAGAGGAGAUUGCUGCGCCGACUCGGAUAUUGGUGGCGGUGAACGAGUCAACCAUCAAAGGCUAUCCCCACGCCUCCAUAAGCAGCAGAGGAGCUUUUGACUGGAUUCUCAGCAAAAUCGUCCGCACCAACACUUCUGGAUUCAAGCUGCUAUUUCUUCAUGUUCAAGUCCCCGAUGAAGACGGUUUUGAUGAUAUGGAUAGCAUAUAUGCCUCCCCAGAAGAUUUCAAGACGAUGAAGCGCAGAGACAAGAUCAGAGGACUUCAUCUUUUGGAGUACUUUGUCAAUCACUGUCAUGAAAUCGGGGUUGCUUGUGAAGCAUGGAUCAAGAUAGGUGAUCCCAAAGAAGUCAUCUGCCAUGAAGCGAAUCGUGUCCAGCCAGAUUUUCUUGUCCUGGGAAGCAGGGGUCUCGGGCCUUUCCAGAAGGUUUUUGUAGGAACUGUGAGUGAAUUUUGCGUGAAGCAUGCUGAUUGCCCUGUGAUUGCAAUCAAGCGGGAUGCAUCUGAGACUCCUCAGGAUCCCGUUGAUGACUGAGUGAUCGACAAUCAAUGUGGACAUAUCUUCUGUUGUAAGUUUUUUGAUGUUGCUUUUCCUUGUUCGCCUUUUUCUGAUACUGCGUUGAGCCUUGACCAGUUUACUGGUUCUCGUACAUUACUGUAAAUCACAUCUAAGCCCGUCCGAGUGCCUUGUAAAGCAGUAGUGAGAUGAAUACUAGCAAGAUAUGUGAUUUGUGAACAAUAUUCUUGCAUAUUAGUGAGAAAGGAAGUGUUGUUGUCUUUUAAA